UAAGGUCAUAGUCUUUUUUGUUCUGGUAGGUACUAUACUAUGCUUUUACAGUGAGAUCAUGAAUCACACUUAUCAUUAUUUGCAAGUCUUUACUGCCCUCUACUGACAGAAAAUGCCAGUUUAAACUUAGUUUAGUAUUUUUGGAUAAUAAUCUUUUUUUACGCAAAUCAAAUGAACCCAUAACGAAAAUAAUAAUUAAAGAUAUCCGAUUCGACUGUAAAGAAGGGCAUAAUUAGGCUACAGUUUUACAAUAAAGUAGCUAUUGCAUGUACAACAACACUGGGAUAUGGGGUGUUUUCAUAUGGAAUGUUUUGACAUAACUUAAUGUCGUUGAGUGCACUUGUGGAUUUUCGCCACACGGUGUCGCCGUUGUAUUAUGUUAAAUAUUUCACAGGGUCCCCACAUCGCCGUAGUGUUUGGCACGAUUCUCAGGACUUGACAAUUGCAUAAUUAGUGCGUUUAUUGGCAUGAUUAGUUCCUUGUAUACAUCCACCUUUUAACAUUUCUAUUUUUUUUUUCAUUCAUGAAGUAAAUAACGAUUUCCUCGGUGGUCUUUUCCUCGGCGUCUGGUCCCACGGGAGCUGUCCACAGUCCCGUGGUGCUGAAACCCCUCUAGCUCCUGCUGAAAUAGGACGUUCAUGAGUUCAUGACUGGUUAACAAAUACAAAUACACUAAACUAGAAACUUACUUUCAUAGUUAAUAAAUGUAGUGGAUAGAGUAUUUUAUUGAUCUUUUAUAUUUAUGGAGACUUGUUGGCAAGAAGUGAGUCUAUGUUUGUUUUAUUUAUCUGUGUAGUGAUUAUUAAAUUCUCUUUAGAUUUCCUUGCACACGCUAUGCAGUCACGGUCUAUAGAAUAAUUCAAGAAUACCACCAAAGUGGAGAGUGACACUGGACAUUGAGAAUGAGAAAGCUUCUUUUUCUUCGAGGCUCUUUGAGAGGGGCCGUGUGAUGUUGUGCUCAUUGGCUCUUAUUGGUAGAAGUGAUUGCUGCCAUGGAUGGAAAUUAACAUAAAGGAGGCAAGUGGCGAAGAAAUCCACUUGGGGGAAAGCUGGUGAUGCGUCACAGCUCUUGGUGAACAGAGGAGACAAAAAUGGACUAAAAUAGCGUUGAACCUGCGGGUUUAAUGUGCACCAAUGGCCACGAAGUCACUCGUGAUCUCAGAGCUGCGCACAAAAGUGCCACAGGUGAUAGGAGGAAUGAGCACAGAGACGAGAUAGUUUUAGCGCCCUAAGGUGUCGCAAAUAAGUAGUCAAAUUCUCUCCAAACCAGCUUUGCCAUGUAAGAUUAGUGACUGAAACCUCUGCGCAGUGCAGAAAUUCGACGAUUUCACCAAGUCACUUCUCGGGAGAUCAUGAAACAACAUCGGAUGUGGCUGAAGCGAAGACACGUUGAGAAAACGGCGGGAAACUAUUUCCACCGAUGAGGCAGCCGGGUUCCCCUUCGCCUCCCCCUUUACGCACAGGCGAGGUGAGGACGGAGAGCAACGCAUCGAUGUAGAGAAAACACCAAUGAGUCAUCCGAGGUGUUAAAAGAUUGGCAGAAGAGGAGAAGAAGCACAACAACCAUCUAAAAAAAUCGAAAGUCAUAAAAAGCACAUCAUGGAUGGAGAGGGGAGAUCGUCCGGGCUGGUCAAAUCAGCCGCGGUAAAACUGUCGGAGAUUAGCGAAAGGACCAAGGAGUUAGGCACCGCGAUGAAGGAUCCUCAUCAGCAAAGACGGAUCAUCUUAGUGAUCGUUUGCGUGGCUCUCCUGCUGGACAAUAUGCUCUACAUGGUAAUCGUGCCAAUUAUUCCGGACUAUCUUGCUGAACUGGAGAGUGAGCAGUCAGAGCACGUCCACGUAGUGAUACACCCCAACUCUUCAACCAACAGCACAAGCCAAGACAAAAUCAACAAGAACAAUUUAGAUGUUCAGAUUGGAGUACUUUUUGCAUCCAAAGCGAUCCUGCAGCUGUUAGUUAGCCCGCUGUCGGGAACUUUCAUAGACCGGGUUGGAUAUGACAUUCCACUUUUAAUUGGAUUGAGUGUUAUGUUCGUGUCCACGUGCAUAUUUGCGAUCGGAGAGAACUACGUGACGCUCUUUGUCGCCAGAAGUUUGCAGGGUCUGGGCUCGGCUUUCGCGGACACUUCUGGAAUCGCGAUGAUAGCCGACAAAUAUACGGAGGAGUCCGAGAGAAGCACGGCGUUGGGAAUCGCUCUGGCGUUCAUCUCUUUUGGGAGUCUGGUUGCGCCUCCUUUCGGGGGCAUCCUUUACGAGUUCGCGGGCAAGAAAGUCCCCUUCAUCGUGCUCGCGUGCAUUUGCCUGGUGGACGGCAUUCUGCUGCUGACUGUGAUCAAGCCGUUCUCCAACAGGACUAGAGAGAACAUGCCAGUCGGCACCCCCAUAUACAAACUCAUGGUUGACCCGUACAUAGCUGUGGUGGCCGGGGCGCUGACAGUCUGUAACAUCCCACUGGCCUUUCUCGAGCCCACCAUAGCCAACUGGAUGGAGACCACCAUGCACUCCACUCAGUGGGAAAUGGGGCUAACAUGGCUCCCAGCCUUCUUCCCUCAUGUCCUUGGGGUGUACAUAACAGUGAAACUGGCAGCUAAGCAUCCAAAUUUGCAAUGGUUCUACGGGGCUUUGGGUAUGGUUAUCAUUGGGGCGAGCUCCUGCACGGUUCCUGCAUGCAAAACCUUUGGGCAGCUCAUCGCGCCUUUGUGCGGCAUUUGUUUUGGCAUUGCACUGGUAGACACUGCACUGCUGCCGACACUUGCAUUCCUAGUAGACGUGCGUCAUGUUUCAGUCUACGGUAGUAUUUAUGCCAUAGCAGAUAUUUCCUAUUCUGUUGCGUAUGCAAUGGGUCCUAUAGUAGCCGGGCAGAUAGUGCACAAUCACGGGUUUGUCCAACUUAACUUGGGUAUGGGACUCGUCAAUGUGCUUUACGCGCCAGCCCUGUUGCUGCUGCGCAACGUGUGCCAAAUGAAGCCGUCCUACUCCGAGAGAGAUAACCUCUUAGAGGAGGCUCCGCAAGGGCUGUACGAUACUAUCAAGAUGGAAGAGAGAAGAGCUAAAAAGAAGGGCUACCGUUCGGCGGGGAAUUGCUUAGCGGUAGAUGAAAAUGGGUUUGAGCAAUUUAGAGCACAGCGGUCCGUGUCAGAGGAGUCGUCCGGUCCGGAGUACAUGUAACCCGGUUACACUCUCACCGCAACCUCGAAACAUUCCCCAGGAGAGAUUUGGAGAUCAGGCAGGUUCUAGUCAAGUCAUUUAAACUUUUAUGUAAGUACCGACGUGCAAUAUAAAAACCACCAAGUCAACAAGAACAUGGUGUGAUCUGCUUUUAUUGCUUCUUUUUGACUGUGAUUUUAUUGUGUCAAAGAAGUCUAUGUAGCGUUUGUCAUGGACGUAUAAAUGGAGUUUUGUGCGAGAUCUAUCAGCUACUGUUGAAUUCGUGUGUAUUACUAUUGUAAAAAGAUAUGAAUAGAUAAAUGUACGCACAAUAUUAUAUGGGACCAACUAUAUGCAGCACAGUCCGCCCCCCCCCCCCCCCCUUCCUACACAAAAAAUAGCCUAUAUUUCUAGUCUCCGAAGAAACCUUUUUUACUUGCACAUCAAAGGCCGGAUAUUCCUUUUAGGUUGUUAAAAAUAAUCGUGAAUUUUGAUUCAAGUGGGCCUGUUUGAAAUGUUUCUAUUGUUUGGAAUUAAAUGUAUCAUAUAAAAUUGAUUUUGUACAUAUGUGGAUAUGUGCACAGUGUAAAUGGUUAAUAUGUGGACCUCUACAAAGUGUUUGUGCGUUUGUUUGUGUGUACGCGCGGGUGUAUGGUUUAAACAUUUAAUCAAGACGUAGCCAAUGAAGUCAGUCUCCUUCAGAUGAAAACAUGUGUAUAUUCAUCUAUCAAUUGUCGUUUUAAUAAAUCUCUGUUUGGA